AUGAGUAGAAAUCGUCAUCAUCAUCACGGCAAGAACCCGUCAAUAGGGAACCGAGAGAAAGGCGAGACUGGGGGAGGCGGCAGCGCGGAUUGCAGGAAGAUCCCGACACCGGUGCGACUCCGGGCUGAAAAGCCACUUCUAUCCAAGCCUCGUGUUGCUUGCUCGGUCGCUAGGACUCCGGAGGUCGAGUCCAUGGAAGGAGCCACUGUAGCUACACGAAAAACGGCCUAUGAUGUCCCUACUACGACACAUACGAAGGGGAGCAAGUCUGUUGCUGAGGAGAUUAUAGAUGUUACGAGAGCAGUCACUGAUAGCAAGCAGUGGGCUCUGGGAGAGGCCGCCAUAGCUGAUGGGAACAAUGCUUCUACUGUGGCAUCCACUAUUGACCUCAAACCUAGUGGUGUGCAGAGGAGCCUGGCUCCCUCCCAACUCACUGGAUACACCGAGCCCUCGCUCAGCCGAGCCUCGAGUGUAGUGUUUAAUACUACAAAGCGAAGCAGAACUCCUUCCCUGUGUAUAUCGGGGACGGCACGCAAAAUAAUGAGGACCUGUGAGGGUCGUCUCAAGCAGUCGUCUGACGUUUACAAACAAAGGGCAUCGAUUGUCGGUGAGUCCAUGGCCAAGGUUCACCUCAAGUUGGACCCGCAGCAUAUCACCAUCAACUUCAACCGCAAUAUGUUCAAGAGCUUGACGGACGUCAGACAGGUCGAUAGGAAGUUCAUUAUUGGCCGCUUCGGAGGGACAUUACUAGCUAUAGACCAACACGCAGCUGGCGAACGAGUUGGUCUUGAAAGGCUCAUGAGCUCCGCAGGCAUCCUCGAGACGCAGCCGACGACAGGUACUCUCCUCGUACUCAAACCGACGGAUGCCUCUCUACUCCACGCGAGGGAGGCUGAACUGGAAGAACACGGGUGGCGGUUUGCGAUCAUUGGUGCUAGGGCUGUCGUAACAGGCGUACCCAAGAUUAGAAUAGGGACUCUAACAGCGAGUCCCUAUGAUCUGUUACCAUGGGCAAACGAGCUUCCCUUUCCAGCCAAGCUACACUAUAUGUACUCCACCACAGCAUGUCAUCAAGCAGUGAAGUUUGGGGAUUCGAUGUCACCAUCCGAAGUGUCGGCUCUGGUAUCGAGCCUGGGGAUUUGUGAACUGCCUUUCCAGUGUGCACAUGGUCGUCCUACUGUCUAUCCCAUAUGCUCUGUUCCGGACUCUAACAAUCGUCCCUUUCCCGAUCCCCUCCUGUCCAUGCUUGUGAUGGACCCACUUCUUCUGUGA